CAACAGCCAAACACCAACUCAAUACAGUUAUUCCGUGUUAUAUAAAUUUGCUUACAUUUCUUCUGCCUAUAACCAAACCAAUUAAAACAAAUAUUACAACAAAAUGCAAACCAUUUCUUACAAACAUACCGCGGAAAGGCUAGAUUAUUCGGCACGGCAGUUAAUGGCCGGAAACACUGUCGUCGGUGGCAAUCAGAUCCGGAGAAAUAAUCGUCUAUCGUCGUCGUCUGCGUCUAGGAUACGGCCAAAUUGUACUUGCUCGAGUCGUCCCGGUUUAGUAAGGUGUAGCCGGCAUGGGUAUGUUGUGCCUGGUGAUAAUAAGUUGAAGAGACAUCAUGCUAAUAAAGAGAUAUUAAGGAGGGCUUUGUCGCCGCCGAACCGGAAGAUGACUCUACGGUGGUGGAAUUUCCAACCGACGCCUAGUCGGCUCUCUAACAUGUCUAUGGCUUGAGUUGCAGUCCAUGUGCUUCCUUCUGGAUUUGAAUUCCUUCAGUACGUUAGAUUUUUUUUGUUUAGAUGAUGAGAGUUGUAAAAUACUAUUUUUUUAAAAGAAGUUUUUUUAUCAAAACGACUCUAGAAAUAGAAUAAAAUUAAAGAAAAUGGAAAAAAAAAAAUAUUCAAUUAAUCUUUGCUUAGGUGGAUUUGGUUCCGCCUAUUCUGUUCGGUGAGUGGAGAUGGAAUAUAAUGUAAUGUAAUUAAAUACAUUUUUAGUGUAAUACAGAUGCAAUUUUAGCUAUU